AUGAGUUCAGAUAAUAUCCUCUCUUUGCCAAACCAAGGGCUAUGGCGGUACGGCGACUUGCAGAGGGCCGGUUUCCAAUGGGAACAAAUGAUUGACAAAGGCCGAGUUUCUUGCCAUAUCGGUGCUGUUCUAUUGACUUGGGACUGCUUGGAGAUAGAAUAUCAUCCAUCAGUAUUGCUUCCAAACGAGACGGCAGGAACUAUAUGGCUCGGGCAUCAACUUCACAGCAAGCACAUCCCAUGGGCUACAGAGGUCGGCCUUCCUCUCGAGAGGUAUAGGCCGGAUGGAGAGUCUGUGUACCAUUACUUCAAGUUUUGGAGAGUUGUGCACGACUCUCAAGAACCACAGGAAGACAAAGCCUGUUCUGGAGUUGUGGGACCAGGCUCUCUGUGGAUCGAGUAUGUCGAAGGAUUUACUGACCCUAACGACUGGUACAUCUCUGAAGUCGUCGGUGCCGCAUACGAGAAACAGUAUGAGCUUACGUCCAUGAAGGCUGUCGAUGAAGGCAUCUAA